AUGUACACAGUGCCACCACAAUACCACGGGUAUGGGGACCCAAACCCAUCGCCACACCUAGCCAAUGCCGACCAACUGAUGGACAAUGUGUUUGUGGGUGCUCCUCAGCCGAAGGGUAUGCAAAAGGUGCUCAAAAGGGUGAACAAGACUGUGCAUAAGAUGGGCAAGCGAGAUCCAGGCUCAGGGACGGACGACUCGGACUUUGAGUAUCAGCACGUGGAGGAUGACCAUGAGGUAAAGAGGGCCGAGCGAGGCAAAAAGACUAGGGCCAAAAGCAAUUCCAAGAAACCGGCCUCUUCUCUGGGAAUCGGGGAUCUCUUACCUACUGAAGAAAACAACGCUUCCCCUGAAAAGUCGCCCAAUAAGAAGAUUACGAAGACGAAAAAGAAGAAGAGCAGCUCGCGCAAAUUUCAGUCCGAUCCUCUCAUGUACCAACACGACUCGUUGGCUGUCGACGAAGAAGACCCAGCAUCUCGACCACCCCUACCACCUCCCCACAAUCCUUACAUGCUGUAUCCGACACAUGUUCCUUUUGGUUCUCACCAAACCCCCUAUGAUUAUUACUUCAUGCAGCGUGAGAUGCAACGACAGAAUGCGGACUACUGGAGAGACUUCCAGUUAACCCAGGCUCAUCAGCAACCCCAACAGCAGCGUAGAAAGAAGGACAAUAACUUCGCCUACAUUUCACCCGGAGACAAUGCCUAUUAUACCAGUCCGGAAGAACACCAACGCAAGCAGUACGAGAAGAUGAUGGGACAGCAACGCCAGCCGGGAAGCUGGGAUGGAAUAAUAGACCCUACUCAGGACCAGGAGUUCGGGUUCCGGUCCAACUACAACCCGUGGUUUGGAGCACCCAUGGGGCAUGCUUUGGGGGGAGUGCCCAUGCAACAUCCAGAACCUCCUAGAAAUGAUCCUAGUGAACGAGAAAGAGGUUUAGAGGAAGAGACAUCUACCCAGGUAACUGUUGAAACAGGCUACACAGAAAUAACUGGCUCUAGUGGCUCUGGGUCGGGUACUGGCUCAUCUGACUCGGCGGGGUCUGAACAUCGUUCAGCUACUUCUCAGGCAACCAAAAGAAACUUGUUUCCCAACUUUGGAGCCUUCAUUCCCCCGCCAAGUCAUGAUGAAAAGGUCUCUCGAUUCUCAGCCAAGAACAUCUUUGGUAAACGUACCGUCAGUGGGUCUCGAGAAUCGUUGGCGUCAAGGGGAGAUACCGAGUCGUCUGUGUCCCGUGACUCUGGUUCACACGACUCUGGUUCACGAGUGUCGGCCUCAUCCUCCCGCCAUCCACUCCCUGUCCCUUCUUCUCCAGGAAGUUAUGUUUCGUCCACAACCUCCUUUUCUCUCAAUGAUGACCCGAUCCGCCCUCAGAGCAGUGUUUCUCAACGAGGAAUGAUGAUGCCCCCAAUGCAACGAGGCAACACUCCUUACAAUAUUGGAGGUGAGUAUGCCAUGCCUGAAAUUCCUCUUCCUCCUCACACUGAGUCUACAGUUUCAGCUUCCGAGGAGCAUUCUCGGGCACUUUACAAUGUUUGGACUGGUCUGACCUCCACUGUCAAGGAUUGGGUCAGCUCUUAUGAUCAGAACAGCAACCUCAAAUCUGAGGUUGUUGCUGACAACUUCUUUUCCCAAGUGUACAAGAAUGCCUUUGGACAGUCAGUGGAUGUUGCGGGUAGCUACUCUGAUACAUCAUCCUCUUUCGUCCCGCAAGAGAUUCCUCUGCCUGAAGAUCCCUCAGACGACGAGUUUGAUGCACGAUCCAUGAUGGAGGAAGAUACCGUAGUUGGCGAGAUUCCAGCAGGAGGAGCCGGAGCCGGCCCUGUCAUCUACGAGGAGGAUAUCGAAAAUCCGAACAAGAAGCGGCUGAGGAAGACCAUGAAGUUCUUGCUUCGAAAGAAAGACAAAAAUGGCAUGCCUGUUGUCGUUGAGGCACCCGAUGGGGGCUCUAUUGAUGAGCAAGGUGUCCCCGUUGGUGCCGUUCUCAAGUUUCGACGGUCGCCUUUGACAAAGAUGAAGCGUUCCAUUAGUGGAUCCAGCACUCGACCUGAGUCUAGUGGCUCGACACAUGCUUCGUUGAUCGAUCUUCCUCCUCCAGGCUCUGCAGGAUCAGUCUCCUCUGUUCCUCCACCUCCAGAUUCCUCCAAGGUGCAGAAAUUCAUGUUCCAACUAGCAGUCUUGGCCGAACGCCUGCAGCCCCAUUUAGAGCAGUUGGGUUCUCUGGUUCGCUCGCACCCCGUAGGAGCUACGUUCAUGUAUCCUAUGGAUGCUGCAGUUGCUAUUCAUCCCAAGCUCAAGUUCGUGGCUCUUGGCCUGGAAGUCGUGAUUUUGCUGUGCGUACUGUACGUUGUUGCCAGCGUAGUCUCGUCCAUUCUGACCGUUUUGCGAUUCCUUUUUGCACCUCUUAUCUGGAUACUCGGUAUUGGCGCCAAAAAGAAGAAGUAG